AUUAUUUCGAAUUGAAUUAUUUUAUAAUUUAAAAGAAAAUAUUAUAUUUUAAAAAUAUUAUAUUUAAAAAAAAAAUUAUAAUAACGUAAUUCUUUUUAAUUAAAUAUAUAUAUUAUAUAUAAUUAAUUAUAUAUUUUAUUAUUUAUUAUUUAAUUUUAAUGUAAAAAAUAAAAUAGCGCAAGAAAAUAAAAUAAUUUUAAAAAAAUAAAAAUCAUGUAAUAUUUAUAAAAGAAAAAUAAAAUAUAUUUUAAUUAUACAUUUGAUUAUAUUGUAUAACUGGAAGCCAUGUGGUUAUCAUUUCCGCUGUAGUUUUUACGGUCGUGAGUGUUCGAUUAAGAUAAUCGCAUUGAAAUAUAUAUUAUAUAAAAUAAAUAUUUAUUCAUUCUCUAAAUCAUGGCAAUCAAUAUAAGAGGACUUUUUAAUCUGAAUAUUUCGCAAACAAAAAAUUUGUUUUUCAAAUCUAAUUUUUUAAAAGUUGGUAUUCGAUGCUUAUACACGGAACAAGAUUUGGGUAUAACAAUGUAUGAAAAUUCGAGAUUCAUAUUUCGAAAUCAAUUUAUGACAAUAGAAAAUACUUUUCGUGAGAGAAUGAAAGAAAUUUGUGAAAAAGAUGAUGGAAUAAUAUUUACAGAAGAUUUAAAAGCAAUGAUUCAUUUAGUACAACCUAAUGAACAAGAUAUGACUUUAUUAACUAAUAUGUUAAAAAAAUAUAUUCAGAAACACGAAGAAAAUAAAAUUGGAUCAUUUGUGUUUGGACCAGUAGUAAUGAGGAUGUUUUAUCAUUUGAAUCAACCAGAAUAUGCUUUACAAGCAUUUGAGAAUGAAUAUUUAAGGAAUAGUUUUAAUUAUCGUUCAUCAUUUCGUACCUUAAUGUGUUUAUUAUAUAAAAAUAAUAUGUUCAAAGAAAUGAAAAAUGUAUAUGAUAAAGUAUUAAAUAGUAAUGGUAUAAAUUUCAUUGGCAAUAAUAAUGUUUUAAUGUAUGCUGCAUGUCUAAAGGAGAAUACUCCAGAAGCAUUGAAAUAUGCUUUAGCUCAUUGGAAGAAACAAUUUGAAAUAAUGAGACCUUCAGGAAGAAGUUAUGCAUUAAUAUCAUAUUUAGCAAUAAAAAAUAAUGCACCUGAAUUAGCAUUAGAUAUAUUGAGUACAAUUCAAAGAGACAGAAUUAUGAGUAUAAGAAGUCUCAAAAUAUUGGCAUAUAUGAAUCUGGAAAGAUAUUUACAAAUAAUUCCUAUUUUAAAACAAAUAAUGGAAAAUAAUACGAAUCACAAUCAUAAAUAUUCAAUUUUUGCAGAUGUGAUAUAUGAAUUGGAAGAAAAAUUGAAAGCAAUUGAUAUAGAAGAAUCCGUUCAAUUACUCGAUUUAAUAAAACAAGCCAAACAACUUGAAUUUAUUCAAACAACAAUAACUUUGGAAGAAUUUCUACUACAACCUAUAAUGAAUAGAAGGAAAUUCAAAUUUCAGAAUUCUGAAAGAAAAUUUAAAAAUCAAGAACCCUUUAAUCAAGAACGAAUGUACGGGACAAGAAAUGAAUUACAAAAUUAUUUAUGAUUUUUUUUACAAUUUUCUCAUUAAAAAGAAUAAUUUCGUUAAACAAUACUUUCCAUUUUGCAAUGAAGUUGUAUUAUUAUCUAUAAUAAACAAAUAUAUUAUCUAUAUGUCAUGUAGCAAUUAUAUAGGAAGUAAUUAUAAAAUAAAAUAAACUUAAAAAAUCAUAAAAAAUUGUAAAA